GGGCACGAUGAAGCUCUGUCUCUACAAAUCCGGGGUUCACAAGAUUCUGGGGCUCCCGCGCCGAUGGGUGCUUCCCAAGCCCUCCAUCAGCUUGCCGGCUUUCAAGAAGGCGCUGGAGCUCCGAGACAAGGCGCUGGCAGCCACAACAGCGGCCGCGGCGGUGGCUAGCAGUGCGCAUGAGGAAUGCAGCGAUGAGAGCUCCAGGAAGAGGAAGAGGGUCGACGCCACAGACGAGGAGGAAGCUCCAGCCAAGCAAAUUUGCGUUGCCGACGAUAAGGAAGCAUUUGGAGAACAGGAUAGCUCGGAUUUGGAUCCACAACAGCAGGCUCCUCCAGAGGUCCAACCAAAGGAGGAUACUAGUCAUAACGUAGAGAACGGAUCCACGUACGCUGCCGAUCCCGUGCUCCAGGAGCGAGCCAAGCGCAAAGAAGAACUCGAGGAGAAACUUAAGACACUAACUUCAGAGAAACACCGUCUUGUUCAGCUCUUAAAACAGAUCCUUACAAACGAGGAGGAAAUGAAAAGGCGAGCACAGACAACUUCAUCGCGGCCUUGUGACGCUCCGCUACUCUCACAGACCCCGGCUGCUCGGCCGAUGGAUCUGGAAGAGGGGGAGCUCGAGUACGCGAGAAGUCCGAGCCCUCGCUUAGCGAGGACGUGAUCCAGCACUGCUGCACUGCACGAGUCUUGCUUUGGGGACAGACACGGGCAAACAUGAGAAAAAAAAACGCUUUUCUUUUUCAUGUUGAUCAACAGACCAUUCGUCGAAUGGAGGAUCUUAAGAGCAUUUCGAGUGAAAGCGAGUAAGGAGAGUACUUUAGCAUGGCUUUUUACAAGAGAGAGAGAUGUCUACUUACUCACAAAAAAAUGGCAGAACACAUGGACACGUCCUGUUGAUGUGUGAAGAGAUUGGGCAUGAGUUCCUCGUUCAUCUUCAAAAAAUUUAUCCGAAGCCCUAGGUUUUCUGGGGAGAUGGA